GCGGCCGUCAAGUAGUGUAGUGUGCUGAAUUUGGUUUUAAACGCCAGGAGUGAGCGGGAGUGUAUGACUGGACUGGAUUCAACCGGCACAGCGGUGUUCAGGUGUCUCGAUGGCGACAGACAUUGUUGCGCAGUUGGCCGACUCUCUGGCCAAGACUGGAGUAGAGGACGGUGAGCUGAGCUACAAAGGCCAGGGGAGAAAGCUGGACGACGCCAAAUCAGUGGCGGAGAUGGUUAAGGAAAUCCAGGACUUUGAGGACUUACAGGCUCUGAGGUUGGAGGGAAACACUGUGGGUGUGGAGGCAGCACAGGCCAUCGCCAAGGCCCUGGAGACAAAGAGCAAGUUCAAGCGCUGUUACUGGAGUGACAUGUUCACAGGUCGUCUGCGCUCUGAAAUCCCACCUGCCCUGAAUUCACUGGGUGAUGCUCUGAUGCUGGCGGGCGCCAGGCUGACUGUUUUAGACCUCAGUGACAACGCCUUUGGACCAGAUGGGGUGAAAGGCAUCGAGAAGCUGCUCAAGAGCACCGCCUGCUACACACUGCAGGAGCUACGGCUCAACAACUGUGGCAUGGGCAUCGGAGGGGGGAAGAUCUUGGCUGCUUCAUUGAGCCAGUGCCACAAAAAAUCCAGUGCAGAGGGCGCCCCUCUCGGCCUGAAGGUGUUUGUUGCAGGGAGGAACCGCCUGGAGAACGAUGGAGCCACUGCCCUCGCUCAGGCCUUCCAGUUGAUGGGCAGCCUGGAGGAGGUUCACAUGCCCCAGAAUGGCAUCAAUCACCCUGGUGUGACAGCUCUGGCCACGGCCAUGCAGCACAACGCAGGCCUCCGCAUCCUCAACCUCAACGACAACACCUUCACUGAGAAGGGGGCUAUCGCCAUGGCUCAGGCCCUGAAACACCUACGCAGCAUCCAGGUGAUAAACUUUGGAGACUGUUUGGUGCGGCCGGCUGGAGCCAUAGCUAUUGCAGAGACUGUAUCAGAGGGACUCCCAAUCCUCAAGGAGCUCAAUCUGUCAUUUGGCGAGAUUACGGAGGAAGCCGCUCUGGCUGUGGCACAAGCAGUAAAGGACAAGGACCGGCUGGAGAAGCUGGACCUAAAUGGAAACUGUCUCGGAGAGGACGGCUGCAAAGCUCUGAAAGACACCAUGGAAAGCAUGAACAUUGGAGAUCUUUUAGGAUCACUCAGUGACGAUGAGGGUGAGCCGGAGGAUGAUGACGAGGACGAAGAUGAGGACGAGGAAGAAGAUGAAGAUGACGAGGAUGUGGAUGAGGAGGAAAUAGAGGAGGAAGAGGAAGAAGAGGAGGAAGAGGAAAGCAAUGGCAUCAAGCUGUCGACCCCCACAUCAGCACCCCGGCCCCCAGACGUCUCCUCGUUCCUCAGCUUCCCAUCCCCAGACAAACUGCUAAAAUUGGGAACUAAGAGAGCGAUGCUGAUUGAGCAGCAGGUGGACGUGUCAGAUGCUACAAAAACAGCUGAAGCCUUCCUCAAGAUUGCGUCUGUCUACAAGGAGGAGAAUAAUGAUGUGAAGACUGCAGUGUUGGACAGUGUUGACACUCUGCUGAAGAAAGCUUUUGCCACUCCUUCCUUCCAAGGCUACAGCUUUGUAUCAUCUUUGUUAGUGUUGCUCGGACUUCUCAAGAGUGAGGACAAGGUAAAGCCUGUACUGGUGGUUCCCGGUCACCUCCACACCUUGGAGCACGUUGUUCGACAGGACUACUUCCCCAAAGAGAGCGUGGCUGUGCUGGAGGCCUUCAUGUCCCGGUAAGGGCGUGACUGAGUGAGCCAAUCAGCAGGCAGCUUUCAGAAACAACAAGGCUCUGGAGUCAUGUGGCACCGCCAGAAACAGCCUCCAGUCAACACUGCUGAGGGUCAGGUCUGAGGGCUGAGGACUGUGGACACACACACACACAUACACACACAGACUGAGCUCUGACUGAUCACUGAUGGACCUUUUGGAAACUAGCACACAUGAACCCAAACCUGAAGCAAAUAAAGCAGAGCAGCACUUGAGAAGAACAGACUCCACUUAGACACACUCACUGUGUCACUGCUGUCCUUCACAAGUUCAGCAUCAAACCUCUUCCUCUGGACUGGACUUGAAUGCUUGGUGUUUUGGAGUAUGCUCUUACAGUGUGGACUAACUGAAGUGCUUUGUGUGCACUCACACAACCACAGGACGGCACUGACAACUUGGUCUUAAUGCUCUUUGUGUUCUGAUGAAUAAGAAAAGGCCCCACUCCUCACAUUAACUAAGGUCUGUGUGUUGUCUGCUGGUUAGUGAAGCACAGAUCACACUAUGGUGAGAACUACAAUCAACCCUGGCUUGAAACUUUAGCUUGUGUACAUUCUCUAUUUCAUAUCUAACUUUUACUAUGCUGUUGUUUUAUAUUAAAUGUUUAUUGAAUUCAAUAUUAUGGUCAAACAGCGGUGUGAUUAAACAUAUAUAUUGACCGAUAAAUAUUAUCAAAAGAAGACUAUAAAGUACCAUAGAACAAUCAAAAGGGAUGAAAUAUAUCUUUAUGUAUUUUUUGCCUUUAGUGAGGCACAUGGUGCAGAGUUUCUGGAUUUUGUGACGCGGAAAUAAAGCUGGUUUGAGUGUUG